AUGGCUUCAUCGAAAGCUUUCCAUACAUCAGCAACCGAGCACAUUCCUUUGUUGAUAUCCCAACAUGCCUUGUACAUGGCUAUAUGGGCCUUUGGAGCACCACCUCUCAUGGUCGAACCAGGUGCGACAUCGGGCAACUUCACCUUGGAAACGACAGAACCAGCGGCCAUUGAGGACACUUCAGUCCCGUGGCCGUUAUGGUCUCUAGGAGAUAGGUAUUCUUUAGUACUGUUGACGCUAUAUUCGAGAUCUCCGUUAAGACCGUCCACGAAGUACUUUGCUCCGAUGAUCUUUCUGUUGCAAUCUGCUGGAGAGAAUUGGUCCGCAGAUACGCAUUCUCCUUUCCAUUUUUUUGGUAUCGCUACGUAA